AGCUCACCCAGCCGAGUGUUUAGAUUUUAAAUUGCGAAUCGUGAUGUUUUUACAUAAAUUAAAACAAAUUUGUAAUGUUUACAAUCAUAAUUUACUUACUUAGUGUUAGUGUUAACUGUCCAUCGCAUAGUCUUUGGCCUAAAUAUUAAACUGUAAUUAAAUUUAUCAUAACCAUCAUUACUUAAUUAAAAAUGUCGCACAAAGAGAAUUGUUGGAGCCAGAGACUUGUUCCAUCGACUUUAUUAAAAAUGAUUAUAUUUUAUAUAUUGAUAAUCGCCAUAGGAUGUAGUUCUGGAAAAACACAAGGUUUAAGUGGUGUUGAAAUCGGUAGCAAUAUCACAAUCAAAUGUUUUUCGAACGACAAAAAUGUUACAUGGAAGUUUAAAGAUAAAAAACUUGAAAUCGAUGGCAAAAGAUAUUUUGUCGAAAUUAGUAAAUUAGAAAACAAUACAAAUGAGAUAUUUGAGAACCAUGAAUACGAAAUAAGUUUAUUUAUAUUAAAUGUGCAAGUAGAAGAUGAGGGUAUGUACACAUGCGAAUCGCCCGAUAACGCGGUUUAUCAAAAAAUGUUUGUUCAACCUAUCGUCAUUCCGGUGAUAAGUGAUGGUAAUGGUCCUCGAGUUAAGCAAAAAAUUGGCAAUGCGGUAACUUUAUUUUGCGUUGUCCACGUGUAUCCUCAAAACGAUACACUGCAUCAGCAGUUAAAGUGGCUAAAGGAUGAGAAUUCAUUUAGCUUCUUGGAUCAAUCAUCAAAUCUGAAGAAAAUAAACGCAACGCAUGUUAAUCACACAUUAGAGUUAACUGAAGUUUAUAAAAAAGAGAACGGUUCAUAUGCUUGCGUGGUAUUUGAGGCUGAUGGCAAUGAAGUUGCACGAAAAAAUAUCGCGUUGCUGGUAAUGGAUGUGCCACAAGUUCGAAUCGAUUAUGUAAAGGCAGUAGGUGAAAGUAAGAUCUAUUUAAACUGGACGGUAAACGAUGGAAAUGAUCCCAUACAAAAGUAUUUUAUUCAGUAUACUGAAGAAGGAAAUCCAACAUUCACUUACUAUAAGGAUGUAAUAGGUGGAGGCAAUAUGUCAUAUAUCCUGGAAAAUUUUUUACCAAACACAAGCUACAUUUUACGAAUCACUGCCAAAAACAGCAUUGGUGACGGUUUAACCUAUCAAUAUCCCGGACUGGUGACUACGCUUGAAAAGGAUCCGAUAUUUAUACCGAAAGUGAAAACUACUGGUAGCACAGCGUCCACUAUUACUAUUGGGUGGGAUCCCCCUUCACCCGAUUUGCUACCAUUUGUUCAAUAUUAUGAGCUAGUGGUAUCUGAGGCGGGAGAGGUAUCACGUAUCGUUGAAGAAACAGUUUAUCAGCAAAACUCUAGAAAUCUUCCAUACAUGUUCGAUAACUUGAAAACUGCCACUGAAUAUGAAUUUAAAGUAAGAGCUUGUAGUGACCUCACGAAGACCUGUGGAACGUGGUCUGAUACAGUAAACGGUACUACUAUGGAUGGUAUUGCAUCCAAGCCAACCGAUUUGCAAGUCGCUUGCAUUCAUCAUAAUAUAUCCAAAAUUAACACUGUUGAUAUUAUGUGGAAAUCUCCUAAAAUACCAAAUGGGAGAGUAGUUUCUUAUCUUAUCCAUUUGGAAGGCAGAGCCUAUUAUAGACUAAAUGGUCAAAUGCAAAAUGAAACGUGGGGACCGAAGAUUCGUAGAGUCGAUGAACCUCAUUACAGAACUACCUAUGAUGGUGUUAAUUCAAAUACAAAUUAUACAGUUGCAGUUUCAGCGAUAACGCGGCAUCGAAAAACAGGCGAAUCAGCUAUUGGCAAGUGUACGAUGCCGGUAUCGGUGCCUGACACAAUUACACGCGUGAUGUGGACGAAAGUACGCACAAAUGAUGACAAAUGCGUCUUUAAAUUAUUCAUUCCAAGAGUAAGUGAAAGAAAUGGGCCAAUAUGCUGUUACAGAAUAUAUUUAAUAAGGAUGCGAAGUCAUAACACCGAUUUACCUUCUCCUGAUAAACUUAAUAUAUCUACGUAUAACGAAGUGCAUGCGCCUAAUAACUCUGUUGGUGGGGCGUAUCUUGCCGAAAUGUUCUCAGGUAAUAGUUUUAAGUCUGAAAUUUUCCUUGGCGACGGAAAGCGAUUUUUCGAAAAUGAUGGUUACUCUACCGAUAUAGUAGAUAUCGCAUGUAGAACUUGCUUAAAAGGCGAGCCGUUUUUAAAACGAAGUUUGGAUAUAUCACCAUUGAAGGAUAUAUCAGAAAUACUUACGCAAAUAGAACACAGUCAUCUGGAGCAACUGAACAAAGCUGGAAAUUUAACAGAAGCUGCAUCUAAAAUUCUUAACUCAAAAAGACGUCGAAAAAGAAAAUCACAAUUGAUAUUUGGUGAUGGCGUGGAAUUAACCGAGUUAGGACCCGAGUCAAAAUCAAUUGGUAUUUCUCGAACGCCAGACGAAAUAUACGACGGAGAAAUUGACAUGAAUAGCAAUUAUACGGGUUUUCUGGAAGUCAUUGUGCGCAAUAAUUCUUCGGUUUUAAGAGCUUAUAGCGAUUACUUUGAAAUUAUCACUCCUGGAUCUACUGUGGAGCAAUACAAUGGCAACACUGAUAUCUCAAUUAUGCUGAACAUCGUAAUACAAAUCUUAGCUAUCUUGAUCGGUAUAGUCUUGGUAGUUUUGAUAGUAUUGUGCUUUCUGUACCAUUCGAAUUCGAAAAAUUCAGGAUCAGGCGAAGAAGUGAUAACUCUACGUGAUUCCUUAAGUCGUGUCCUGUUUGGUGGUCGUUCCAGCAAUCAUCGUCAUUUUAUUGGUUCAGCAAACGGUAAAAUAACAGAUGUGGGUCCCAUUCAAAAAGCAGAUUUAUAUAUGGCGUAUAAAAAUCGUCAUAAAGAUACAGACUAUGGAUUCUUGCGUGAAUAUGAAAUGCUUCCAAAUCGAUUUAGUGAUCGCACUACUAAAAAUUCUGAUUUAAAAGAAAACGCUCCAAAAAAUCGCUAUCCCGAUAUUAAGGCCUAUGAUCAAACAAGAGUAAAAUUAUCGCAAAUAAAUGGCAUUCAAGGAUCCGAUUAUAUAAAUGCAAAUUUCGUUAUCGGUUAUAAGGAAAGGAAAAAAUUUAUUUGCGCUCAAGGUCCUAUGGAGUCAACCGUUAACGAUUUUUGGCGUAUGAUAUGGGAACAACACUUGGAAAUUAUUGUCAUGCUAACUAAUUUAGAAGAAUAUAAUAAAACAAAAUGCGCUAAAUAUUGGCCAGAAAAAAUCUUAGAUUUAAAGCAAUAUGGCGAUAUUGCGGUUAAAUUUAUAUCGGAGAAGAAACAUGGCGACUAUCUAAUCAGAACGUUAGAUAUAUAUAAGCGCAGUCCAUUGAAUGAUGACGAGGAGGAGAGUCGUCAAAUUACCCAAUAUCAUUACUUAGUAUGGAAAGAUUUUAUGGCUCCGGAACAUCCCCAUGGUCUUGUUAAAUUUAUUCGUCACAUAAAUGCUGUUUACUCCGUACAACGCGGUCCGAUAUUAGUUCAUUGUAGUGCCGGCGUAGGCCGUACAGGUACACUAGUGGCCCUAGAUUCACUAUUGCAACAAUUAGAGGAAGAGGAACAAGUAUCCAUUUUUAAUACAGUUUGCGAUUUGCGACAUCAGAGGAAUUUCUUGGUUCAAUCAUUGAAACAAUAUAUCUUUCUAUAUCGAGCCCUACUGGAUACAGCUCAUUUAGGAAACACCGAGCUAAGCGUUGUUGGCUUAUCGCUAACAGUUGAAAACUUAAAGUCGAAACCCGAGGAUGGAAAAGAAAAAUGUAAACUGGAAAUUGAAUUUGAGAAAUUACAGAUGAUGAGCGAUGAAACGAAUAAAUCGUGUUCUGUCGGAGCCAGUGAACAAAAUGCAACAAAGAACAGAAGUGAACUUGUCAUACCCUAUGAUAGAAAUCGGGUCAUAUUAUCUCCUCUACCACAUAAGGACAAUUCCACAUAUAUUAAUGCAUCAUUUAUUGAGGGAUAUGAUAAUUCGGAGAGUUAUAUCAUCACACAAGAUCCCAUCGAAAAUACUAUUGAAGAUUUUUGGAGAAUGGUCUCCGAGCAAAGUAUUACAACAAUUAUCAUGUUGUCGGAAAUUGGGGAUGGUCCUCGAAAGUGUCCAAGAUAUUGGGCAGACGAUGAAAUACAAUUUGAUCAUAUUCUUGUUAAAUAUAUGCAAAGUGAAAGUUGUCCAUAUUAUACCAGACGAGAAUUUGAUGUGACUAAUUGUAAAAUUAACGAUACUAUAAAAGUAACUCAAUUUCAAUAUAAUGGCUGGCCGACGGUAGAAGGCGAAGUACCUGAAGUUUGUAGAGGUAUUAUCGAAUUGGUUGAUCAAGCUCUAAGUCAUCACAGCAAAGAUAAAAGUGUCGGAUGUAAAUCUCCUCUUACCGUUCAUUGCAGUCUGGGUACUGAUCGCAGUUCCAUAUUCGUUGCCAUGUGUAUUUUAGUACAACAAUUACGCACAGAAAAAUCUGUCGAUAUUUGUUCUACCGCAAGAAAAAUAAGAUCACAAAGAUCAAGGCUGAUUGACACAUAUGCACAAUACGAGUUCCUACAUCGCGCCGUUGUCAACUACGCUGAUCUACAUAAACUCUCAUCUGAUUAAUGAUAAAAUUAACUGUAUGAUUCCAAACUGCCAUUUGGUUGACUGUUAAUGGCUCACCUAUUUCUGACAGCUUAUGUGCCGGUCUUGUUUCAUCAGUAACAAAAUUUCAGCGAGAUGCAAC